AUGGCAGUACCAAAUAUGGUGUUCUCUGACGUGGAAACUUUUCUGGACUCGCAUCCCGAGUUAUUCGAGGACUACCUGAACAGAAAGGGGAAUUAUAGCAUGGUGGAGAAAUGGCUCAAGAAUCACCAGGCGAGCAAAAGUCCGGCGGCUCCUGCUCCAGCUCCUGCCCCAGCUCCUGCCCCAGCUCCUGCUCCUGCCCCAGCUCCUGCUCCUGCCCCAGCUCCUGCUCCCUCCGAGCCGAGAGACGAGAAGAGCAACGCGUGCAAGGACAGCUGGGCGAGCAAAUGUGACGGUCUGCAGCGGAGAGCCUCGCAGAAGGAGCUGCGCAAAACUUUCGCCAGAUCCAAGGCCAUCAAUGUCAACAGGACAUACGACGAGCAUGUGAAUUCCAGGGCCCAGGAGCCCCUGACGAGCAUGAGGAGGAGAGCGCUGCUGAGGAAAGCCAGCUCUCUGCCCCCGACCACUGCGCACAUACUGAGCGCGCUGCUGGAGUCCAGAGUCAACAUCCCCCAGUACCCGUCCACAGCCGUGGAUUUUAAAUAUUACCUCAAAGAGCACAACGAGAGAGAGUUCUUCCUGGAGCUCGUGAAAGACAUAUCCAACGACUUGGAUCUAACGAGUCUCAGCUACAAAAUCCUCGUGUUCGUUUGUAUUAUGGUCGACGCGGACCGGUGCUCCUUGUUUUUGGUGGAGGGGACGGGCAACAAGAAGACACUAGUGUCCAAAUUCUUUGACGUGCACGCGGGCACCACAGUUUUGCCCUCAAUGAAUUCAGACGAGGUGCAGGUGCCGUGGGGGAAAGGGAUCAUUGGAUAUGUGGCCGAACACGGAGAGACAGUGAACAUCCCUGACGCAUAUCAGGAUCGUCGGUUCAGCGAUGAAAUCGACAAGCUGACAGGGUACAAAACCAAGUCCCUCCUGUGCAUGCCCAUUCGCAACAGUGACGGAGAGAUCAUUGGAGUCGCUCAGGCCAUCAACAAGUCUUCGAGUGGGGCGCUCUUCACUGAAGACGAUGAAAAGGUGUUGCAGAUGUACCUGCCCUUCUGUGGCAUUGCGAUCUCCAACGCCCAACUCUUCGCUGCCUCGAGGAAGGAGUACGACAGGAGCCGGGCACUCCUGGAGGUAGUCAAUGACCUGUUUGAAGAACAGACUGACCUGGAGAAGAUUGUCAGGAAGAUCAUGCACCGUGCCCAGACAUUGCUAAAGUGCGAGCGCUGCUCUGUUCAGCUGCUCGAGGACAUUGAGUCACCGGUGGUGAAGUUCACCAAGUCCUUCGAGCUCCUAUCACCAAAGUGUAGCGCAGACACAGAAAGCAGUUUCAAAGACAGUAUGGAGAAAUCGUCUUACUCAGACUGGCUCAUCAACAACAGCAUUGCAGAGCUGGUAGCUUCCACGGGACUGCCCGUGAACAUCAGCGAUGCCUAUCAGGAUCCUCGCUUUGAUGCUGAGGCAGACCAGUUCUCAGACUUUCACAUCCGCUCUGUGCUUUGUGUCCCUAUAUGGAACAGCAACCACCAAAUCAUUGGUGUCGCCCAAGUGCUGAACAGGCUUGAUGGGAAACCAUUCGAUGACGCAGACCAGCGUCUCUUUGAGGCGUUUGUGAUCUUUUGUGGGCUCGGCAUCAACAACACCAUCAUGUACGACCAGGUGAAGAAGUCCUGGGCCAAGCAGUCGGUGGCUUUGGACGUGCUGUCUUACCAUGCCACUUGCUCCAAGACCGAAGUUGACAAAUUCAAGGCCGCCAACAUCCCCCUGGUCUGCGAGCUGGGCAUCGAUAAGCUCUCCUUUGACGACUUCUCUCUGGACGUCGACGCCAUGAUCACGGCCGCCCUGAGGAUGUUCAUGGAGUUGGGAAUGGUGCAAAAAUUCAAGAUCGACUACGAGACGCUGUGCAGAUGGCUGCUGACUGUCAGAAAAAACUACAGGAUGGUUCUCUAUCACAACUGGAGGCACGCCUUCAACGUCUGUCAGUGCAUGUUCGCCAUGCUUACGACGGCAGGCUUCCAGGAGACUCUGACGGAGGUGGAGAUCUUAGCGCUUAUUGUAGGUUGUGUGUGCCACGACUUGGACCACAGGGGCACCAACAAUGCUUUUCAGGCCAAGACGGGCUCAGCCCUCGCUCUGCUUUAUGGGACCUCUGCUACGCUGGAGCACCACCACUUCAACCACGCUGUUAUGAUCCUGCAGAGCGAGGGUCACAAUAUCUUCUCCAACCUCUCGUCCACAGAGUACAGUGACCUCAUGCAGCUGUUGAAGCAGUCGAUCCUGGCCACAGACCUCACGCUCUACUUCGAGAACAGAAACACGUUCUUCGAGCUGGUCAGCAACGGAGAGUACAACUGGAACGUGAAGGCUCACAGGGACAUGUGCAGAUCCAUGAUGAUGACAGCGUGUGACCUCGGCGCUGUCACUAAACCCUGGGAGAUAUCGCGCAAGGUGGCAGAGCUGGUGACCAGCGAGUUCUUCGAGCAGGGCGACAGAGAGAGAUCGGAGCUGAAGCUCACGCCCUCUGCCAUCUUCGAUCGGAACAGGAAGGACGAGCUGCCAGGGCUUCAGCUGGGCUGGAUUGAUGGAAUCUGCUCACCGCUGUAUGAGACUCUGGUCAAGUUGAAUCCCAAACUCCAGCCGAUGCUUGACAUGAUAAAAGCCAACAGGUCCAACUGGGAGGAACUGAACAAGAAGAGACAGCGUGGCCAGAGCAUCUCAGGGCCGGCGAGCCCCUGCGGCGGCGACAGCACAGAAGCAGGCGGCUGCAGCGUGGCCAAAACGGGCAGCGCCCCCUGCUGCAGCGGCGACGCCGACGGCGCACCAUCAAAGCCCGUCAGUUAGCUUCCGACCUCCGAGCUGAUCUCUUAUAGGCUUCUUUCCUCGUAAAUGCAGCCUGCAAAAGAGGCAGUGCAGUGCAUGCAGAGGUUCUUGGGCUCUGCUCCUCUUCGCUUUUGCUACUAGAGAUGAGCUUUAGACUUGAGCGCGGCGCUAUCAUAGAAGUUUUUCUGCUCCCUUCGGCCUUCCCGCACUGAAGGCUGACAGAGCCGGGUUUGGCGAUCUUGUCAGAGCAGCUGC